AUGGCGCGGCUGCCUGCGCUUUUCGCUACGAGUAUAAUAGGCGGCGUUGCUUAUGUUCAAUAUCAGGCGACGCAGGCUGGCAAUGCGGCGAUGGAUGCAGCGAAGCGGGGAUGGGACAGUGCGACCACCGCUGGCGGCUCGUUGUUCUCGGGUGGGAAGGAUGUGCUGGAGCAAAUUGGCACUGGCUGGAGGCGGACGAAAGAGCAGAUGAUGCUGCUCACCAAGAAGAUGAUCGAGAUCCGGACACUGCUCAACACUAUUGGUCAAUCUGACGCUUUGACUCUGCCAUCGAUUGUGGUCAUCGGCUCACAGUCCAGUGGAAAGAGCUCGGUGUUGGAAGCCAUUGUCGGCCACGAAUUCCUGCCAAAGGGCUCUAACAUGGUCACUCGGCGGCCAAUAGAAUUGACGCUGGUCAAUACUCCAGAUGCGAAGGCAGAAUAUGGCGAGUUUCCAGCCUUGAAAUUGGGCAAGAUCACCGACUUCAGCCAGAUUCAGCGGACGUUGACAGAUCUCAACCUUGCUGUCCCUGCUGAGCAGUGCGUUACGGAUGAUCCUAUACAACUCUCUAUCUACAGUCCCAAUGUGCCGGACCUGUCUUUGAUCGACCUGCCGGGCUACAUUCAGGUCGUUGGGAAAGACCAGCCCCUGGAACUGAAGCAGAAAAUCUCGGACCUAUGCGACAAAUACAUCCAACCACCGAAUGUCAUCCUCGCCAUUUCAGCAGCUGAUGUUGAUCUGGCUAAUUCAACAGCUCUCAGAGCAAGCAGACGAGUCGACCCGAGAGGCGAGCGAACAAUCGGUGUCAUCACCAAAAUGGACCUCGUCGACCCCGAGCGCGGAGUCGACAUCCUCACAGAUCGCAAAUACCCCUUGCGACUCGGCUACGUCGGCGUAGUGUGCAAAAUACCACAACAAACACUCUUCAACCGCGGCACAAACGUCACCACCGCCAUUGUCAAGAACGAGAACGCCUACUUCACGUCCCACCCGAUCCAAUUCGGCUCAGAAUCAGACCUGCAAGUCGGCACACCCAAACUCCGCAAAAAGCUCAUGACGACCCUUGAGCAAGUCAUGGCCGCGAGCCUAGCCGGUACGCGCGACGCCAUCGUCCAAGAGCUCGAAGAAGCCAGCUACGAGUUCAAAGUCCAAUACAACGAGCGUGCCUUGUCCCCCGAAUCCUACCUCGCCGAAUCCCUCGACGCCUUCAAACACAACUUCAAAGCCUUCCAGGAAGGCUUCGGCCGGCCCGAGGUCCGCCAAAUGCUGAAACAAGUCCUCGACCAGAAAGUCCUCGACCUCCUGGCGAAACGCUACUGGAACAAGCCCAUCGAAGACCUCGCACCGCCCCAAAUCGAGCCCGAAUCCCUCGAACAGCUCUCCAAAGCCACCGAGGGUAACAUAUACUGGACGCGCAAGCUCGAUGCCAGCACCUCCGAACUCACCAAGCUUGGCAUCGGACGUCUCGCGACCAUGGCGGUAGCAACCCAACUACAAGACCAGGUAAACCAGCUGAUCGACGCGUCCACCUUCGCCUCCCAUCCGUUUGCGCAGAAAGCGAUUCGCGACGCGAGUGGCACGAUCCUGAAUGAUAGGUUCUACUCGACCUCCGACCAGGUGGAGAAUUGCAUCAAGCCGUAUAAAUUCGAGAUCGAGGUCGAUGAUCAUGAGUGGGCUAAGGGCCGGCAGAAUAUCCAUGCUGUGCUGCGAGAAGAGCUCAAGGCUUGUGAGGCUGCGCGGAAACAAUUAGAGGACGCUGUUGGAAAACGAAAGCUCAAGGACGUCACCGCCUUCAUAGAGCGAGUGCGCAAAGGCGAGGUUGUGCUCGGCGGUGAUACUAGUGCUGGUGCGGGUGGGUUUUCGGUUGAGUUGUUGGAGCGUGGCCGCCAAGCAACGUUCCUCUCCCAACGCGCCUCCCUCCUCCAACUCCGCCUCCUCGCCAUCAAAUCCAAAACCUGCGCCACCAAAUCGAACAAAUACGCCUGUCCCGAAAUCUUCCUCGAUGUCGUCGCAGACAAACUCACCUCUACCGCUGUCCUCUUCCUCAACGUCGAGUUACUGAGCGAAUUUUACUACAAUUUCCCGAGAGAGCUGGAUUUGAGGCUGGGGAAGGGGUUGAGUGUGGAUGAAGUGGAGAGGUUUGCGGGGGAGGAUGGGAAGGUGAGGCGGCAUUUGGAGGUGGUGAGGCGGAAGGAGGGGUUGGAGAUGGUGUUGCGGAAGAUCGAGGGGUUGAGGGAGAUGGAAGGGAGGGUUAGGAAGGAGCAUGGCGUAGGAGUCGAUGCUACGAAGAGCGGAGGGAGGGGAAAGGGGUGGAGCCUGUUCUGA